AUGAAUUUUCGACUCUCUUCAUUCCUCUUCAUCAUCUCCACAUUUUCAUCAAUUACAAAUUCCACCCUUAUCCCUCCUCUUCUCUCUCUCGGCUGCACCCCGUCUCCUUCUACUCAUCAUCAUCACAGCAUUAAUCCCAUCAAAACCCUUCUUGAUAACCUCACCUCGGUUGCACUCAACUCCCGCUUCACAACCUUCAACACUACUUUCCGACAAGAAUGGUAUUCGGGCCUCAUGCAAUGCCGGCCAGGGCUCCGCCCCAAAGCCUGCACCCUCUGUGCAAGCGCAGCCCGGAACACAAUCCUAAACCUCUGUCCAAACUCCAAUGCAGUUUCAGUUUGGUACGACGGCUGUUACGUUCAAAUCUCCAUGAUGAUCAUGAAUUCUUCUCAUGAUCACGAUCAUGACGCGCACAUGGAUGUCUCCAACCAUUCUUGCUCGAACAGGACCAAGAAUCAAGACCCGGCCAGGUCCGCGCCAGCUCUCGAAGCCCUGCUUCUCAAGCUAAGAGCCGACGUUGAUCUUGCUACUCAUCAUGGAUUUUCACAGGGGGAGAUCGUGUACGAUAACAUUAACCAUAGCGACAGCAGAAUCUACGGGAUUGUGGAAUGCGUGAGGUCACUUUCACCCCAAGAAUGCGAUUUUUGCGUACGAAAAGCCACUGAGAAGCUUCAGUUUUACUGCGGUGGUAAAAACGGAGGCACUGCGGUUUACGGGCCGUGCCUUGUUCAUUUUGACAGCAAUGAGUUUUACUAUGAAGGGAUUCAUUCUGCUGCUGCAGGAGGUGGUAAUUUUACUGUUUGGGAAGGUGAAAAUGGUGGGAUCAAAAGAGGGUUGGUGAUAGGAUAUUUGGGUGGUGGAGUUGCUUGUUUUCUAGUGUUUGUAUUGUUGGCUUUCUUACUCAGAAGAACAGUUGUGAACAUAGCUAAAGUGGGAACAUUAGCUUAG